UUUUACUUCUUUCUUGACUUAAUAGUUUAUCGAAAUGUAUAGCAAAAUUUCGUCUCUUAUUCCAGGAUUUUCACUACUGCCGCCGCAACCACUACGACCUACUUUACAAAAAAUCGUUCUUCCACCACUUUUACAAAAAUCACAUACAACAACGCCAUGUAAAAUAACAUUACUUCCAUCCGAAUUAUUAAUACAAAUUUUUUCACAUUUGUCACCUUACGAAUUAUUUUUACUUCGUGAGACAUGCGUUAGAUUCAAUAAAUUUCUUGAUGCUCCAAAAUCAUCUACUACAAAAGAAAUAUGGAGAAAUGCUAGAAAAGAAUUUUUAAAAGAUAAAUCGAAUCCACCUAAAGAAAUGUCUGAAAGAGAAUAUACCAAACUAUUAUAUUAUAGAGGAUUUUGCCAAUUUUGUGGGCAUAAUAAUAUAUUUAGGGUUGAAAUUUAUUGGCAAUUUAAGGCUCGUUGUUGUCAUGAAUGUUUAAUGAAAAAUACAAUAAGUCUUAACGAAUUAUUAAAAAAUUGUGGAGAUACUAUACCAGAGGGUUUAAUCGUAACGAUUCCAUACAUCUAUUACAAUGAUUCUUAUUAUUUUUGGAAAAAUACUUUAAAUUACAUUUACAUCCAAUAUCUCAUCUAUUUAAAAACUAAUUCAAUACUCUCACCACAAUUUUAUUCAUUCUUAUAUUCACUUAAAUUGAAUUUUAAAUCGAUAAUGGUUUAUGUUAAAGGAAAAAUGAGAAAGGAAGAUUAUGAACCAUUGCAUGAAAUAAGAAUAAGAGAUGAGAUAAGACGAUUAAAAAUUAAAAAUUUGUUUUAUAUUAUUAAUUAACUAAAGUUGAUUAAUCUCUCUACCUUCAUAUGAUAUGAAAAAAUAUUACCAUGUUACGUUGGGGUAUCAAAAGUUCAAAACUUAUGUAAAGUAUCAUAUUAUUAGAGAUGAUCAUUAUAAUCCCUGUUAAAAUUCACACGUCCAUAACUUUAGAUUCUUCUUAUUGUUUUCAUUCCAAAUUCUGUGAGAACG